UUGGUAAUAAAGAGAUUUGAUUAUUAUGUGAAAAAAACGUGCCUUGUAAAAUUUUUUUUGUUUUAAUGAAGUUUAAGUUGAGCUAAAAUGAUUUUAAAUAUUGAUAUAUUUACAGUCAUUCUGGGUAACUUUGAAUUUGCGGGUAACAUUGAACUAAACGUCAUUCAUAAAAUGCCAAGAAAAUGUUCGACAACUCAUCCUGGCACAAGAAAAUAUGGCACUAAAUCUAAUUACACCAAUUCUACACUUCAAGAGGCUUUAGCCAAAAUGAAAUUAGAAAAAAUGUCGAUCGGUGAAGCUUCUGAAAUUUAUAAAGUACUUAAAGCAACAUUAUUUUACAAGCUAAAAAGUAAACACUGUAAAUCAGUAGGGUACCCUAUUGCCCUUAGCAUUGAUGAGGAACUUUGUUUUGAAAAUCACUUACUUUAUUUAAGUGACAAAGGUAUACCAAUUGGAAUUAAUGAUUUUAAAAGUAUUGUCAAAAUCUAUCUGGAUGAUAGUGGAAAAAAUAUACAACAGUUUAAAGAUAACCGACCAGAUUGGGAGUGGUGUAAACUUUAUCUUGACAGGCAACCAUCAUUAAAAGAAAAAGUAUCUCAUUGUAUUUCAAGGAAACGUGCACAGAUUAAUUAUUGUCAAAUAAAAUUAUUUUUGCAAAAUCUAGAGAAUGAAUUAAAUGGAGUAACGCCAGAUAACAUUUACAAUAUGGAUAAAACAGGGUUUCAUGAUGACCCUGGAAAAAAAAAACUUAUUUUUCGUCGAUCCUCUCGCCAUCCAGAACUUAUAAGAAAAAAUAACUGACAAAUAAAAAGUUUAGAAAGUCAAAGGAAAAUCUUAUGAAAGAGAAAUUGUCAAUAAGUAUGACGUCAUUAAUUUAAAUGAUUAAUUCCUUAAAAAGAAAGAAUUAUGUAAGAACUAUAUCAUUGUAAAAAGUUACAUUGUUGUUUUUUGUCGAAAUGCCUCAGGAAAACUAAUUCCACCAUUUUUCAUUUUUAAAGGAAAACACAGUUGGUCUGACUGGCUUUUCAAUGCACCAGAAGGAUCAAGAAUGGCAACUUCUUG